AUGCCUGGCACUACUUCUAAUGGUUCUCCACCAACAACAAAUGGUAAUGGCACAGCGCCACGAGGCUCUGUGACGCACCUUGCUACUCUGUCUGAGGCAAUCCGAACAAAAACAACACUUCUCACCAAUAGCCUCAAUGAGAAACAUCUGGAUGCACCCUCUUUUAAGUUGGGUGGCUCUACAAGCUUUGCAUUGGAUGAGCUAGACCUUCCGGACAAGGCCACCCGGAACGAGCUGAUAGCGCUGACCAAGGAGCUUCACGAUUUGCUUGUUGGCCCUAAAGAUACCCUCAAGAAUUUAGCAUGGAACUCGGUCAGUUACAUUCCCCUCGAGGCCAUCUGCGAGUUCCGCGUCGCCGAAGCGGUGCCUCCCACCGGAUCCAUACCGUAUGCCGACCUCGCUCUCAAAAUAGAGCAUCUCACAGGCACCAAGGUGAUUGUUUCCGAUUUGAAGUGCAUUUUGCGCCUCGCAAUGGCGAACUACCUGUUUUCGGAGCCCAUCCCAAACCACGUCGCACACAGCCGAUCAUCCCUGCUCAUGUUGGAGGACCCGAGUGUGGCAAGCUGGGUCGGCAUGUUCACCACCGAUCUUCUUCGGCCUAUAGUCAACACUGUGGAGGCUAUGAAAAAGUGGCCUGGUUCUCAAGAGCCUAAUGAGACUGGCGUCAACAUCGCAUACCGCAACAAUACUUCAUUCUUCGAGUUUAUGCAAUCGGACCAAACAAGAAUGAAGCGUUAUGGCCUGGCGAUGGAAGCUCAUGGCGACCGUGAUGGAUUCGACCUGACGCAUACCAUCAAUGGUUACCCAUGGGCCGAACUCGGCGCGGCCAAGGUUGUUGAUAUUGGAGGGAGUCAGGGGCAUGUCGCUUUUGCGCUCGCAGAAGCCUUCCCGCAGCUGUCCUUUAUCGUACAGGAAAAACCGCAACUGCGAACCGAGAAAGCGAUUGGCCAGGUUCCCCAGCACUUGGCGGACAGGGUGACGCUGACGGCGCACGACUGCUUCAAUCCACAGCCUGUGGAAGCCAAAGUCUACUUUUUCCGCCACGUAUUCCACGCCUUUUCUGACAAGUAUGCCGUCGCCACUCUCAAGGCGCUCGUGCCAGUGAUGAAGCCGGGUGCUCGGGUAGUCAUCAACGACUACGUCCUGCCACAACCUGGUAUUCUACCACAGAGUGACGAGAAGAGUGUAAGAACCAUGGACCAGCUAAUGAGAACUGUUUGCAACGCACGGGAACGGGAGGCGGUGGACUGGGAGUCACUCUUUGAGCAGGCUGAUUCACGAUUCAGAUGGAAGGGUGCUACCAAAACAGCGGGAAGACUAUCGUUUAUCGAGGCAGUGUGGGAAGAGGAGGCACGGCUGCCCUCGACGAAUGGUUGUGACCGACUUGUUGUCGCGGUUACACAAGAGGUGGAGGGAUCGUAA